UAAAAAAAGAAAUUGCGCAGAGAGAGACAGAGAGAGAGAAAAGCAAGAGAGAUAGACUGGGAGAGAGUUUAGAGCGAGAAAGGGUUUUCGGUGCAGCAGCACGAGAGCGAGCGACAUAUAGAGAGAGGGAGAGAGAGAGAGAGAGAGAGAGAGAGAGGGCUUUAUAGAGAUAUCUUCGUUUGUUUGCUCUUCUUCUUGCUCUUGGCGAAAGGAAACCCCAGCGAGUGACGAACCCUAUCAGCCUUCCCAGAUCUGAGUCUUACUCAGAGAGAGAGAGAGAGGGAGAGGGAGAAUGAGUGGGAGAGGAGGAGGAGGCGGUAGUGGGAAGGGAAGUAAUGGGAUAUCGGCAAUCCCAGCGGCGUCAAGGAAGAUGGUGCAGAGCUUGAAGGAGAUUGUGAAUAACUGCACCGAGCAGGAGAUCUAUGCUAGUCUUAAAGACUGUAACAUGGACCCCAACGAGGCCGUUAAUCGCCUCCUAACCCAAGAUCCCUUUCAUGAGGUGAAAAGCAAACGAGAAAAGAAAAAAGAGAAUAAGGACACAACGGAUUCCAGGUCUCGUGGCGCUAAUAAUGCUUCAAAUCGCAGCGGUAAGGGUGGCGCAGACCGUUAUGUUGGACGUGGUGGAUCAAACCAGUUUAGCUCUACUGAGUCUGGUAGUUUAUAUGGUAAACCUGCCUACAAGAAGGAAAAUGGAACACAUGCUUAUGCAGGCUCUUCAUCUUCUGGAUCCGGCAUGGCAGGAAAUAACAUGAGUCGACGACCUCCAUCUUACAGUGAAUCUGUAGCCUUGGAAAAUAAAGUGUUGAUAGUGGGCACAAGUAAUGGCAUGUCUUCAUCAACACAGCCUUCUGGAUUUCAAUCUGCCUGGCUGGGCGUCCCAGGUCAUGUAUCAAUGGCUGACAUUGUUAAGAUGGGUAGGCCACAUGGCAAGGCUUCCACUGUGCCAAACCCAGCUAUCCACAGUGGCAGCCAUCAAAAUGUUUUGACAACUUCUUCUGCAGCAACACAUCAUAAUUUGCAUCCAUUGCAAGAUCAUGCUGCCAAUGUGACAGACAUAAAUGCUGAGCCAGGAGUUGACACAAGCCAGCACCUUCCUUCCGAUGACGACUGGCCUGCAAUUGAGCAACAACCAGCUGCUAUUUUGUCCUCUGUUGUAGAGGCACCUUCAGAUUCUGAUUCAUAUGCAGAUCCAUCUAACUUAUCUUUGGAUAGAGGUAAUCAGCAUACAAAGUCCCAAUUAGAUGAGGUUCGGGUAGCCGAUGAUUUGCCUGUUGAGAUGCUUAAUGCAAACCAUGUUGGACCUACUUCUGUGUCCAGUAGAAAUAUGCAAGAGGACAGUUCUGGAGGUGCAUCUGUCUUUGAUAAUAGCAUGUAUGAGGACAUGGAUUCCUACCAGCCUCACAGUCAUGAUUUAGAGCAUAAUGAAGCGGAAGAUGGUGUUUCAUCAGUGGCCGCUAAUUUGCAGCAACUGAAUUUACGGAAAGAUGAUCAGGCAGCACCAUCUGAAGAGGAUAACCCUCCUGUAAUAAUUCCAAAUCACCUCCAAGUCCAUACCCCUGACUGCUUGAACCUGAGCUUUGGGAGUUUUGGAUCUGGGCCAUCUGGUACUGGUGCUGCCUUUUCUGCGACUGGUUCAUUUGCUACUAGGCCCUUGAAAUCUGACUUGGAGGAGACAUCUACAGCAGCGGAUAUCUCAUCAAUUGGGCACUCAGACUCUAGAAAUCCUGAAUAUUAUGGGGAUGAGCAUCUCGGAAGUACCACAGAUGGAAGUCUAGUUCAUAGAACUGCUGGGAGCACUGUAAAUUAUGAUUCUCCUUCAGCUUCACAACCAGAGGUGUUGAAGCAGGAAACCCCUGAAGUUGCUCAUGGGAAUCAAUAUGCAUUCCCUUCAUCUGCAUCCGAUUUUGCAUAUGACAACCCCCAACAAUUCAGUACUGCAUUUACUCAUCCACAGACAAGCUCACAGAUGCAGAAUCUUGCUUCUUUCUCAAGUGUGAUGCAGGCAUAUACAAAUUCGUUGCCCAGCACUUUGUUGGCUUCAACUGUCCAGAAUUCAAGGGAGGAUCUUUCAUACUCACCCUUUCCUGUGACACAAUCAAUGCCCACAAAAUACAGCAAUGUGGCUUCUUCUAUCAGUGGUCCUACCAUUUCCAUGCAAGAGGCUUUGGGCGCUGGUAAUAUUUCUACACCUCAGCCUCCUCCACAGAGCCUGCCUGGUGCCAGCGUUGCCACAGGACCUGCUAUUCCGCAACACCUUGCUGUGCACCCGUAUUCCCAACCUAAUCUUCCUUUGGGACAUUUUGCCAACAUGAUCGGCUAUCCAUUUUUGCCUCCUCAGAGCUACACAUACAUGCCCUCGGCUUUCCAGCAGCCGUUUGCUGGUAACAGCACAUACCAUCAGUCUCUGGCAGCAGUGCUACCACAAUAUAAAAACAGUGUUUCUGUCAGUAGUUUGCCUCAAUCUGGUGCUAUUGCCUCUGGAUAUGCAUUUGGGAGUUCAACCAGCAUUCCUGGAGGAAACUUUCCUCUGAAUGCACCCGCUGCACCUACCGGCACAACUGUUGGCUAUGAUGAUAUUAUAAGUUCUCAGUACAAGGACAGUAAUCAUUUGAUCUCGCUUCAGCAGAAUGAGAAUUCAGCCAUGUGGGUUCAUGGGCCUGGUUCACGAACAGUUUCUGCACUUCCGAGCACAUAUUACAGCUUCCAGGGGCAGAAUCAACAGGCUAGCGGGUACCGGCAAGGUCAGCAGCAAUCGCAGCAUUUUGGUGCUCUUGGGUACCCAAAUUUCUAUCAUUCUCAAACUGGGUUAUCAAUGGAACAUCAGCAGCAAAAUCCUAGGGAUGCAUCCCUUGGUGGAUCUCAAGGCCAACAAUCAAAGCAGUCUCAACAGAUAUGGCAAAACAACUACUAAUCUCAGUCACCUCCCGGUUUUUCAGGGUCUUGUAGUGAGUGUGAAAGUGGCCAUUCAUAGGCAUUCUGCAGUCUAAUAAUCUCUCAUAUGUUUCAUUGAUUGGUCUGAAGAGACCUUGACUGGCUGCUGCCCUGUGCCACCGAGGUUGUAUUCUACACAUUUAUGUCCUGUUAUGUUUAACCUAGGAACACGUGUGCUAAUUUGAGUUUAGUGGACAACGCCGAUUCUCUCUUUCACUGUUUUUCUUAUUCUCUCAUUGUACUUGAAAGUUGUUUUUGGUUUGGUUGGAGAGUCCUAGCUAACUUUGUUAUCUCUAUCCUUACUAACCGAUAACCGAUUGCCUGUUUUGUGUAA